CGCUGCCGCCGCCGCCGCCGCCGCCGCCCGAGUGGAAGGAGGGUAAAGCCAGGAAGAAAAUGGCGGCCGUGGCUGCAGAGGCGGCGGCGACCGCGGCGUCCCCCGGGGAGGGGGGCGCCGGCGAGGCCGAGCCCGAGCUGGAGCCCAUCCCCGGCAGCGAGGCCGGCACGGACCCCCUCCCGGUCACGGCCACCGAGGCGGCGGUGCCGGCGGGCGAGGCCGACGGGCGGCCGUCCGCGCCCCAGGCCGACGCGCAGCCGCUGCUGCUGCCGCCGCCGCCGCCGCCGCCGGGGGAGCCCGCCCGCAGCCCCGAGGCGGCGGGGCCGGAGCCGAGGCCGGCGGAGGAGGAGGAGCCGCCGGCCCGGGCGGCGGAGGCGGAGGCGGCGGCGGCCGCGCCUCAGCCCGGGCCGGGCCUCCCGUCGUCGCGGUCCCCCCCGGCGCCGCCGCCGCCGCCGCCGGCCCGCGAGGAGCGCGAGGAGACGCCGCCGCGGCCGCCGCCCGCCGUGCCCGCGCUGGUGCCGCCGGCGGGCGGGGGCGGCGCCGUGGCGCAGCUGAUCCCGGGCGCCGAGGUGCGGGUCACGCUGGACCACAUCAUCGAGGACGCGCUCGUCGUGUCGUUCCGCCGCGGGGACAAGCUCUUCUCCGGGGUCCUCAUGGACCUGUCCAAGAGGUUCGGGCCCCACGGCAUCCCCGUGACGGUGUUUCCCAAGCGCGAGUGCAAGGAGCGGCGCGAGGCGGCCGAGGCGCCGGCGGCGGGGGCCGAGCUGGGGCCGUGGACGUCCAAGCCGCCGCCGCUCUUCGCCGAGGGCGCGCCCUACCCGCCGCCGCUCUUCAUCCGGGACACCUACAACCAGGCGGUGCCGCAGCCGCCGCCGCGCCGCAUCAAGCGGCCCAAGCGCAAGCUGUACCGCGAGGAGCCCACCUCCAUCCUCAACGCCAUCCGCCUGCGGCCGCGCCAGGUGCUCUGCGAGAAGUGCAAGAACAGCGUGGUGGCCGACAAGAAGGAGAAGGAGGCGCGGCGCGGCGGCGAGGCCCCGGCCCCGGCCCCCGCCCCGGCCCGCGCCGCCGAGGACCGCAAGCGCCCGGCCCGCGGCGAGCCCGCGCCCGCCGUGCCCAAGCGGCUGCGCGGCGGCGAGCCCAAGGCGGAGGCGCGCGGCCCGGGCGAGGGCGCGCGGCGCGGCGCCGCCGUGGUGAAGGUGGCGGGCCUGGGCCCCGGGCGCGCGCGCGUGGUGCGCGUGGCCGCCGCCGCCGCCGCCGCUGCCGCCGCGCAGGCCGGCGCCGCGCAGGUGCUGCAGAGCAAGAACAUGGACCACGCCAAGGCGCGCGAGGUGCUCAAGAUUGCCAAAGAGAAGGCGCAGAAGAAGCCCGGCGAGCCGCCCGCCGCCCGCGGCGCCCACGCCAAAGUGCCCCUCACCCGCCGCUACCAGAGCCCCGGCGCGGCCGCCCUGCCGCCCCGCGUGCGCUUGAAACCGCAGCGCUACCGCAACGAGGAGAACGACUCUUCCCUCAAGACGGCGGGGCUGGAGCGCGUGCGCAGCGGCAAGCUGGCGCCCAAGCCGCCCGCCCGCUGCUCCUCCGGCCGCGCAGCUGCAGGUGAGCGUCCCGCGCGCCGCCCGCAAGAGGCCCGCGCCCGCGCCCGCGCCCGUCACGACGCAGCGACGCCGCCGGGCGCGCGGGGCGGCCCCGCCCGCCUCCCCGCCUUCCUGGCCCUAAACCAGAAGCCGGCCGACUCGUGCAGCGCGUCCGUGUGCAGCCUGGAGAGCGCGGACGAGCUCCGGUCCUGCAGCUCGGAGUGCGGCUCCUCCGAGAGCCUGGCCUUCCCGCCGGGCGGCGCGCGCGCGCCCCCCGCGCCCCCCGCCGCCGCCGCCCGGGAGGAGAGGCGGCCCGGUAAUGCCCUGAACGUGAAAAUCUUUUCCAAAACCGUCUCUAAGUGCGUCACCCCCGAUGGCAGGACCGUGUGCGUGGGGGACAUUGUGUGGGCCAAGAUCUGUGGCUUCCCGUGGUGGCCGGCGCGCGUGCUCACCAUCACCGUGAGCCGCCGCGACAGCGGGCUGCUGGCCCGCCAGGAGGCCCGCAUCGCGUGGUUCGGGUCGCCCACCACCUCCUCCCUGGCGCUCUCGCAGCUCGCCCCCUUCCUAGACCACUUCCAGGCGCGCUUUAAUAAGAAGAGAAAGGGCCUGUACCGCAAGGCCGUCGCCGAGGCGGCCACGGCCGCGCACCAGCUCACCCCCGAAGUGCGCGCCCUCUUGACCCAGUUUGAAACGUGACCGUGGACCCUCAGCACAGAGACAUUAGCAGGCUGCUGGUUUGGUGGACCUGGGCCGCGGGCAGCAGCUGCACCGGGACUGAAGCCGCGGAGUAAGCGCUGAGGCGGUGCCGAGCCAGCAGUCUCUAAGGGCAAACAUAGGAAACUCGAGAACAGGUAGUAGGGACUGUUCUAUCAACUGUGGCAAUAAUGACGCGUGAGAGGAGACGUGGUGUGAACACCCCAGAACUCACUUGAAUAUUCCGUCUGGAGAAGCGGACAAACCUCUUUACAAUGUGAAGUUCUCAGUGCGAUUUGGGAACCCUCGAGGCAUGGGUUGAUGCACAGGUGGGGAAUUCUUUUCCCUACUUGAGACGCGUGUUCUUCAGUUCAGACUCAAACUAUUUCUGACGUGGUGGCGGCCAUGGCCGUUGCUAAGCCGGUGCCCUUCCCACAGGAGAGCCGUCUGCGCCACGCCGCGGGAGGCCGGCCAGGGCCCACCCCACUCGGCAAACUCCAGGCAGACCUUCUCUUUCUUUCUUUUUUUAAACUAAAGCAGGACUUACCUUGGAUCUAUGUUUGCUUGUUAGAACAUAUUCGGAUGUAUUUAUUUGCCACUAGUAUUUAACAUUUUGUGCACAUUCAUACUCACCUUUUCACUCUCUGACUUCAAGUGGCUCGGCUAGUGUUGGUUCUGGAAUGAUCUGCACACUCCCGGAACUCUUCGUCCCGCCGAGCCGGACUCCAUCUCCAGAGAGCCGCCUCUGCCGGGCCCUGGGGGGAGGCGUGUAGAGUCAGUGCGACGUUCUGUGCAUGAACAUGAGAUCUUAAGAGAAAUCAUAAUUUUCUUUAUCUUUGCUAAAUAUACUCUGAAAAAACCCGUAAUUUUCCUUUUUAAUGAAUGGAGAAAACACGAGAACUGGACGGACCUGUUAGUACGACAUUUCUAUGGCAUUUUAUAUUUGAUGGUGCCGUACUUUUAAUAAUAAAAACAAAUUUUUUAGUGGCAA